CUUAUUGUGCACCCGCACUCGUGAACAAAGAAAAACGCUGCUCACAUGUGAUCUUACUGCUCAGAAUGAACUUACUGGUACUUUUUGCCCUAGUCCCCUUGGCAUUACACUUCACUCCUAAGGUUCAAGGAUGCACACAACCAAACCUAAACACUUCAAUCAUCAAUGAUAUUCGAGCUAAUGGUGAAUGUAUAGUACUUCAUAGGGUUUGCGCAGAUAGCGGUACUUUAGUGUCGUUCGAUGAGGCUUUUCGCGCGGAGAACUUCUCACGAGGCAAUCCUUACGGGCGCCUAGAGUUGCAGCAUGGUUUAUGGUAAAUCUUUGUGUCAUGCAAAUUGGACCCUUACGGGCUGUGCUCAUGGCAAGGGCCCAUCCAGGAAUUUCCCAGCUCGAGGAGGCGCAAACAGCGAUGCCCUUGUGGGGCACCAGCGCAAUUACUUCAUUCCUAUCCGUGCUGCAAGCCGCCUUGAGGCCACGUCUCAGCUGCAGCAGCCUGUGUUCUCGUCAUGUACACUGCCAGUAAUCUUGGAAACCGAUUGGCCCUACAACAUGGGCGAAGUGUUUGCACAGCUAGCCGCCAUUGCUGACGUGUACUUCCGACAGAAGAAGAUGUUAGAUGAUUCGGCAACCAUUGUGGUGUCGACGCCGCUGGGUUUGGCCUCCACGUCAUACCAUCACGUGCUGCUGUCGCCGUACUCGCGUUACCCGCCGGUGUCCUUUGAUGAGCUGUCUCAGCGGGCGGAGGAGGGGCGGCGGGUGGGGUGGUCGGCGGAGGGGCACCAUGUGAGGUGCUUCGAGAAGGCGGUGCUGUGCAAGCUGCACGGCUUCCCUCAGAACCUGCUGCCCACCUCGCAAUCGGUGCUGCGACACAUCGCACCGCACAUACCGAAAGACCCACUGGGCUUCGGAGCCGCCUCCACCGCAGCAGCCGGCGGCAGCACCGCAGGCCCGGCCACCACGCCGACAGCGACGUCUGCCGCUGUUGCCGCCCUCGCUGCCCCAGCGGGGGGCAUCGUGGAGCUGCCUGGGGAUGCGGCGCUGGCUGCGGACGGCACGCUGCGUGUGCUGCUGGAGGCGCGGUCGGGUCAGGGCAGGACCAUUCGCAACCUGGCGCAGCUGGUGGAGGCGUGCGAGGUGGCCAAUGCGAGAGGCUUCCACGCCGGCUCCUUCAGCCGCCUCUCCUGCAAGGUGCUGAACACCGCUGACACGCCCUCGCUGAACGGAGUGGAUCGCUUCUACGCGACGGUGGGGGCGGUGCGGUCAGCGCAUGUGCUGGUUGCAGUUCAUGGAGCAGGUGCAGCCAACUGCUUCUUCUUACGACCGGACAACGGCCUAACCGCACUCUUGGAGAUCCGGCCAUGCCGCUUUGGCUCCAAGCACUGUGGCUGGCCGGAUGCCUACAUGCAAUCGCAGCUCUCGCAAGCAGGCGGGGUCAUCCGCUUUUUCGCCUAUAACGUGGAGGACCCGGCGCAGUGCGCACCCAGCGACUACGAAGUCGCUGCCACCCUGCCAGACCCCGCCGGCCUGCCGCUGGCGCCGCUGAGGGGCGGGGAGGACGCGCGGGCCCGCGACCAGCACCUCACGUUGCGGCCCAAGCCCUUCAUCGCCAUGUUGCGGCACGUGGGGUCGUUGCUGAGGAACGAGACUGCGUAUCAGGCGGCGCAUGGGGGCCGGACGUUGCAUGGAUAUGCGAUACCGGAGGGCCUUGCCUUUGGGCCGCUCUGUGUGCAGGACAUGGCGGCUCACUUACAGUCGGGAGCUCCGGUGCUGCAUAUGUGAGGGGGAGGGUUGGGGCCCCAGGGGUUUAGCGUGGGGAAGGCGGCAGGGAUUUAUGUGGAGGUGAGGUGUGAUAGGGGAGUGGGGUUCGUAGUGAAGUUAAUGAUGCUGGUGUUGGUUGGUGGGAGUUGGUUGUACGAGAGGAUGGUUACGUAGUUCGGGGAAGGAGAGGGCGGCGGACGGUUCCAGGAGGUGCAACGAGAAGGAGCUCUUUGCCGUCGGUACCACGAUAAGCAUGCCACGACCGUCACGACAAACAAGUUACCGGUGUAACCUGUGAGCAGCUGCCACGUCAUGCGGCUCAAACCGCCGGAGUUGGGCGGUACUGGUAUAAGCUCCUCGAGGUGUUCCGGCAUCGUGGAGCGCCUGUCGACUAUAUUGCGCAUGGCAGAUGACGUUAUCCCAUGCGGGUGGCCAGAAGGGUUAUGAUGCCGCGAUAUCCGUUACCCUAUGCUUGGUACACGUAUAUACCAAGCGGCUGUAAUUCACAC